AUCCCUGGGAAACAGUUAAUAACAGUACAAUAAUACAAUUUCAGAUGCAAGUGGAACCAUCAUUGGCACAAUUUGCAUGAAAUGGCUUUAACUAUCCGUUUAUCUCUAAGACGCUGUCAUCGGAUAUGGACGUGUAAUGCCAAUCGUUUAUUACACGACGAAUUCACCUGCCCAGAGAAAAAUGAACCUCGUCAAAAACAGAGUACCAGCCAUUCGUCCGAAAUUCUCUCAUCAGCCUCAAUCGCAAAUAAAUACCAAAUAUUUCGGGACAUAGAUGCCACUGUUAUUCUGGACAUUGAAGAGGAACGUCAAAGGGAACCGCCAGUGAUUGUCGACAUAGGUGAUGAAACUGCACAAGGAAAAUUAUCAGGAAUCUAUAGCGGAAUAAACUUGAGUCGGGGACAGACUGGAGUUUAUGACAUAGAAGAUUUAGUAACAGUACUCCGAAUAAAUAACGCAACAGACAUAUUCGUGUGUAGUGUCCCCAAGGAAAUAAAGUAUGUCGAUUACAUCUGUGUAGUAACGGGUAUGAGCUUCCGGCAUAUGCGCGGCAUUGCGGAAUUUGUUCGUAAAGUAUAUAAGAUGAAACGAAGACCAGAAGAAAUUAUACCCAGAAUUGAAGGAGCAAACAGCUCCGAUUGGAUGGCUUUAGAUCUAGGCAAUAUUGUGUUACACAUAUUUUCCGAAAAAAGUCGUAAGCACUUUGAUUUAGAAUCCCUGUGGGCUCUGGGAGCGGAAUAUGAUGGUGACUAUAAUAAACCAGAAGAACUAUUAGUAGAGCUAUUUGAGCGCCAUACUGAAUAUUUAGACGAUCUAAAACCCCUCAAAAUGACCUAAGUUAUGGUAAAAUAAAUCAUUAGCAUAUUGUAAAUAAAAUACAACAACAUAAUAAAGAGAAGAACAUGUCUUUAGCAAUUUC